ACACACAACACACACACACACACACACACACACACACACACACACACACACACGCAAACUCCUCGUCGCGAAGCAACAUCGCAAGCCGAGACAAGAUGGAAGUGCUUCCGGGUCCCGUUCCGGUUACGAGUGACCCGGCGAUGACCCCGCAGCGGCUGACCCCUGGCGAGUCUGGACUGACGACUCCGCCGUACUCACGCUCUCACCUGCACCUGUGGCUGACGCCGACGGUGACGGCAUCGCAGUCACGUGAACGCGUCUUCGCUCACUUCCCGUCGCUACGUUACAACACCCGCCGCCAGGGGGCGGGCGGCGACGGAGCGGGAGAGCGCGUCGAGUUACCGCCGCGAUACGAGAGGAGGCUGAGGAGGUCGGUAUCCAUGGCAACCAGCGGUUCGCCGCGCACCCUGGUGGCUUCUUCUGUCUCAACCCCUUCCUCCACUAGGAGCGAAACGAUUCCCGACACAUCCCGGAAGGCGGGUUCCCCUCCCGCUUCCCCUGGGAAGGUAACAACGUCUUCCUCCCGCGCUAGCAUCCCCGACGAGGAUGCCUCCCGAGAUGAGGAAGAGGCUGAGGAGAACAAUAACGUAGUGAGGAGGAAGAAGCCCUUAAUCACAGAGUGCAGCGUCCCGGGGGAGGAGCCACGAUCCGCCACACAACACGACGGCAAGACAGAGGAAGAGGAUGAGGGAGAGAAGGUGAUAGCGGAGGUGCCGCCGGAGACGACGGUACUGACUAAGGCGGCGGAGGCGAGGAGCAGAGAGGAGGACAUCGGUACGGCACUGUGUUGGCUGCGGCAGGAAAUCGUACUGAUGAAGAGACAGAGAGAGGUGCUCUGGAUCGGCCUAGAAACUGUGUUGAACUGGAUCGCUCGCAUCGUGUAA